AUGGAUCAGCAAGAGAACAAUCAGGCUGCGUUAAGAGAGGACGUUGAUGCCAUGAAAAUCAAGAUGGACAAGAUGCUUGAAAUUGUACAAACAUUAGUUAAUAACCCCCGGUCAACUGCAAACGCUGGGAAUGUGGAUUGGCCACCCCUGGGUCUUCCUGUUGGUUAUACCCCUCCUGAGGAUGACAGUAACACGCAAAUUCCAGUCGUGAAUGAGGCCCUUACUACUCAAGGAACCCAUGUGACCCCCGAGCAAAAUAUUUCUGAGGAUGCUCAGUUAGCCCAAGCCCCACCAGUGCCUGCAGUCAAUCAUGGGAAGGAUGAAGUUGCGCAAAAGUAUAAAGCCUUGGAAGAAAGGCUAAAGGCAGUUGAGGGAUUCAGUGCUUUCGGGAUUGACACACUAGACAUGUGUUUGGUGCCAGAUGUGAUAGUCCCGCCGAAAUUCAAAACGCCAGAGUUUGAAAAGUAUAAAGGCGCUGGAUGCCCAAAAAUCCAUUUAAAGAGAUUCUGCAUGAAAAUGGCUGCACACGCAACCAACGAGAAGCUGUUGAUUCACGUUUUUCAGGACAGCUUGAGUGGGGCGUCUCUUGAUUGGUACAUGCAGCUAGAGAGGACUCAGAUUAAGACAUGGAAGGAUCUCAUUGAUGCUUUUCUCACGCAGUACAGUUAUAACUUGAACAUAGCCCCUAAUCGCAUGCAGCUGCAAGGAUUAUCACAAAAGAGCAAUGAAUCAUUCAAGGAGUACGCCCAAAGGUGGAGAGAAUUAGCUGCACAAGUUCAACCACCGCUACUAGACAGGGAACUGGUUGAUACUUUUAUGAGUACCUUACAAGGCCCCUACUAUGAGAAGAUGAUAGGAGGUAUCUCGUCUAAUUUUGCGGACUUGGUUAUCAUUGGUGAGCGUGUAGAGGAUGGGAUUAAAAGUGGCAAGAUUCCGAAGAUCGUUAAGGAUCCAGCCGGAGGUAAGAGAUUCUUCAAUACAAGCCAAAGAAAAAAGGAGGGUGAGGCUAAUGCUAUUUCUGUGGGGGCUCCUGCCCAGAUACCUUAUUCCACAACCACGCCACAGCAACUACAGCAUAGGAAUCAACCUGGUUUUCGAAACAACUAUGAAAAGAAGACUGUGCACUUGGAUCGUGUACCAAUGCCAUAUAGUCAAAUCUUACCCUAUUUACUACAAAAGGGCAUGGUGGAACUAAAGCACCUUCCUCCAAUGGUGCCUCCUUAUCCACCUCAUUUUAACAGUAAUAUCCAAUGUGAGUACCAUUUUGGGGCACUUGGACACACCAUUGAGAAUUGCAAGGCCUUCAAGCACAAGGUCCAAGAACUAAUUGAUCAAAAGUUGUUAUCGUUUAAAGAAGAGGGUCCCAAUGUUAAAACCAAUCCACUUCCAGGCCAUGCCGGUCCAUCAGUAAAUGCUGUAGAGGAAAGUGAGGAAUUCAAGUUGGUAAGUGAAGUUUCUGAAAUAAGAACCCCUUUGGCUGUGGUAGGGGAGAAGUUAAUUGGAUACGAUGUAUUUGAAGAGAUGCACUCUGAUUGUGAGGUGUGCUUGAAGAACCCCUCCAAUUGUCAGAAAAUGAGGAGAUGUUUGCAAGAGCUAAUGGACCAAGGUUUGGUCCAAAUUGGUUAUUUAAGGGUGAACCCUGUUAUUGCCACAUUAGAAUCUCAAGACUUUGAACCCAUUGAGAUCCCAUAUCAGAGAAGUACAAUUCAGACACCAAUGAAGACAUUGGAUUCUAUGGUGAUCCAAGUGCCCGCACCUUUCCCGUUCGAGAGUACCAAAAAAGUACCAUGGAAUUACCUGCCUGUUGUAUCUAUGGGAAAAGAGCAGUUAACCAUUGUUGAGCCUCAUGUUGACAAUAUCACCGGAAUUGGAGGAAUGACAAGAAGUGGAAGAAUCUUUUCCUCCGGUCAACCAAGUAAAAGUAUCGAGAAGACACCGGUGGAGCUUGCUAAAGGAAAAGGUGUGGAGGAGAAAGAAAUAAGGGAUGGGCCACCUCGUGGAACCAUACCUAAAAGCGAUGCCGAAGAGUUCUUGAGAAUCAUUCACAAGAGUGAUUAUCAGAUUGUCGAUCAGCUGGGACAUACCCCUUCCAAAAUCUCUAUGCUGUCAUUAUUACUAACUUUUGAGGCUCAUAGGAAUGCUUUAAUGAAGGUCCUAGAAGAAGCGCAUGUGGCGAAGGAUAUUACUGUGGGUCAGUUUGAUGGAGUAGUAGCUAACAUUACCUCGAGUAGGUACCUGGGAUUCAAUGAGAGUGAAUUACCUUCUAAGGGUCAUGAUCAUAAUAAAGCUUUACACAUAUUUGUCAAGUGUUUGGGCAACAUCCUGUCUAAAGUAUUGGUAGACACCGGUUCAUCCUUGAACGUCAUGCCGAAGAGGACUCUUGACAAGUUGGGUAGUGAGGGAGCAGCGAUGAAGCUGAGUUCGUUAAUAGUAAAAGCUUUUGAUGGUUCUGAGAGAGCAGUUAUGGGGGAGGUAGACCUUCCAGUCCUGAUCGGUCCUCAGCUUUUCACUAUCACUUUUCAGGUCAUGGAUAUCAACCCCGCAUAUAGUUGCCUCCUUGGGAGACCUUGGAUUCAUUCUGCUGGCGCAGUUACAUCCACCUUGCAUCAGAAACUUAAAUUUGUGGCCAAUAACAAGAUGAUCACAGUGUUAGGGCAAGAGGAUAUAAUGGUGAGUCACCUCUCAUCUUUUCAAUACAUCGAGGCGGAUGAAGAAGCUGUGGAGGUCCCUUUUCAAGCACUUGAGGUGGCAACUGUUGUUACUAUGAAGCAUAUGGCUAAAAAGAAGGAUGGGGUGGCUUUCACUUCAUGGAAGGCAGUGAGGGAAGCUUUAGAAGAGGCGGAUGUGGAAGUGCUUUAUGAGAUAAAAAUAUCUCCUUUGAAUUCGUUGUUCCGUUAUAAGAAACGUGCAUCCCAAUCGUAG